AUGGAUCAUUACCUACUGGGCCGAACGACAGAGCAAGCCUUGGAGAAAGAAGGGGUACGACGACGGGGAGAGGUUCAGACCAACCCUUACCAAGUCACCAACAGGAAUAAACGCCUCUUACGCGCCCCUGGCAAGCAAAGCCAACGGGGAUUCGCGUUUCGCAACGUUGGCCUUGGCAAAGGGGGACCUUGCGAAAGAGAAAGCAAAAGUGAAGAUCCAGCUGUUAUCCAACUCGAGCCUAGUCUACUAAGUGGACUUUCACUACGUACUAGAAAUGAAAGCAACCAAGCCAGUUCCAACACUACCCAAAAAGUCAAAAAGCGGGAGGAGGAGGAGGAGGAGGAGAAGAAGAAGAAGAAGAAGAGAAGACGCAAAGAGGGACAGCGCUAG